CACCAGGAGACGGAGGAGCCCGAAGACAGACAUCAGCAGCGACAGCGACGAGAGAAACCGAAACUGCGACCACCAAAGGCCGGCAGCAAAUCAGACCUAGCCGGUGACCAGCAAACAGCGGCGGACUCUGGUGGUGGGGGUGGACGACCGUGGGGGGCAAAUCAGCGAGCAGGACCCAAUUUCUACGGUGAUGGUGGUGGUGGUGGCGGUAGAUUCUCAAAUGAUGCCGGCGAUACCGGUGGUGGUGGUGCUGACGAGGGCAGUGGCGGAGGGGGUGGUUACCCGGAACACCCUCGAGGACGUGGCCGUUUCACCACUUCCCGGGGACGCCGGGGUGGUGGUGUACGACCUCAGCAUCCUCCUCCUGAAUUCGCAUCUAGGCAUGCACUUUCCUCAGCCUUCAGUGGAUAG